AUGGAACGGCCUGCCUCACGGUCUUCACAUGGACAAAGAACCGCUUCUCGAUCUUCUACAAGCACCAAUAACACCAAAGUCUCAAUGCAUACCGCUCAUACUUCCAACUCACACCCUCCUGGGUCCCCUGCCCCGUCGCAUGCUCACCGAUUCUAUCAUGCCACUUGCGAAAGACCAUCUAGCACCACCCCGCGAACAUCAGAUCGGACGUCUCGUUUGACCAGAGAAGCUAGCAGCGAAUCUACGCGACAGCCUGCCAUGUCCUCAUUCCUCCAAGAAAAGUUGCGGGAGUCUCGCCGAGUCGAGAGCGACAAGUCGUCAACAUGGUCGCGCUCUCAUACAGCCAAUUCUUCUGGGGAGUUUAGUCGAAGCCUCGGAUCGCCUGUUAGGGUUGUCGACUCUGAACACCGAUCUCAUUCACCCGCUUCAACUGAGACGUCCAAGAAGAAAGGCAUGGGAGUUAUGGAUAUGGAGCAGGUAAUUUCUUCACUACACAAGAAGAACUUUGAUCUCAAACUAGAACUGUACCAUCGUCGAGAACGACAAACAGCACUUGAAGACAAAGUAGAGGCUCUCGAGAUGGAAAAGUCACGAACAGAAGAAAUGAACCACCACCUCUCUCAGGAGAUGGAGAAGCGCGACAAAGCAAUUGAAGAGGCGGUCGCUAUGAUUGUGUCGCUCGAAGCCAGACUUGAAGAGUUCGUCAAGGAAAGAUCAAUCAUUGAACAGAUCCAAUCCGAAGGCCAGUACUCAGCUCACAACUUCAAUCCUUGUUAUGAAGACCCUAGACCUGCGACGCAGACACCAGUCUCGACGAAGCGAACGGGGGAUGAUAGAAUCAUCAACCGUAUGCCGAGUUUUAUAUCCGAUCAUAGCGAGAAUACAGAGAAUCUACGCAAUGUUUACCUUGGAGCCAGGGGCAGCGUUCUCAGUCUUGCGCAGGUUCCCGAAGGACCUGGCGAAGGCGACACUGGUCGCAGCCCAAGUUUGAGCAUCCUCAGUGAAAGCUCCUUUGUUAGUGUAUACGGUUCAAAGGAAGACGAGGACAGCGGCCUUCAAGAAGAGGACGAAUCGAUGGCUUUUGAUGGCUCCGCCAGUCUUCCAGCCAGAGCCAGUGCUAUCAACCGACCAAAAACAGCCUUUGUCAAGUCUCACCAUUCUUCUCCUAAUAGAUCAAUCCGAUCGAAAUCUAUCUCCAACCACCAAGCACAAUUUGAUUCAAUUCACAACGUCAUCGAAUAUAGCUCUUCGCGACAGAGGACGGAACGACACCACUCCUCUUCGAAGAUGGGAUCGCGACCUCAAAGUCGGGAUCAAGAUGUGUCAGAAAGAUUUACUGGCCGUGCUUCGAUGUCCCCAAGCCAUCAACACCAUAAGCAGGAGAAGAGGGAUUCACUUCGAAGAGUUACGACCGAGGCCCCUGGUGGUGUUAGACUCCACGACCAGAACCUCCCUCCAACACCAGAUACCGUCUCUACAUCUACGCUGCGACGCUUUAACAACUCCAACGAGGCGUUGCUUAGGCCUCCUACAGCGAGACCAAGCCACAGUGCGUUAUCGGAGGCUUCCGAAAACGACGGAAGUUUGGGAACGUACUCGGGUGUUCGCCUGGAACAGCCUCCGAUGCGUGCGGUCAAGGCUUCGGCUCACAUUAUUGACUUGAACAAUAGAGUCUAUCGUGAGAACCAGGGCAGAUCCAUUCAGCGCCCUCGAUCCGCUGAUGAAACUACUAUUUCCAACCGACGGGGUAACGAUUGGAAUUCUGACAUUGACGACGACUCAGACGUGGAGUCCCUCGAGUCGAGCAUCGACAUCUGGAUGCGCCAAAGUUCUAAACCGAUUAAGAACAACGGACGAGCGUCUCCUGAUCUCUUUAGCUUUCCACCCAGCGCAGCAACUAAGGGCGGGUGGGCAAUGGAUGCCAUGUUUGGGGCUGGAAAUAGCCAUCAAGGAGGCGCAAGCACCGGACUCGAUCCAGACAGGAUUAGGGAUCUAUUCCCAGUUCAACAGGAACUCUUUUCGUCGUCGAUGCCUCCACCACCUCCUGAUAGGAGGUCGAGCUUGAAUCCCCAGGUGGCGCAACAGAGUAAACCAUCUUUCCUGGGUCGACCGUUGGCCAAUACCAAAGCCUCUAAGGGAGGUCGUAAGAAGGGCCACCAGAGACGAAACAGCGACGACAUUCAAAUCAGAGCAGGUGCACACAUGCAGACUCAGGGGCCGUCCGCCGGUGACAAGAACCAUUACCCUCCGAUCGCGGGUCAACAACCCACCCAGAACAAAUUUACCAAGUUCUUCCGCAGGUCGUCUACUGGACCUCCUAGCGGUGCCCCAACCCCAACCCCAAGAUCAGAGCAUGGUCCAACCGAACCUCCCAAUGGGGGAUUCUCGAGCCCUAAUGGCGCGUCGGGACUUCCACCUUGGAUGAGUCGGACAGGUGUGCUGGACGAGGAUCGCGACAGCGCAACACCACCACCAAUUAUGCGAAAGUCGCGACAGGGAAGAAAUGUCUCUGUAGAUAUUGACAUGGCCGACGACUCGAGAAUGGGUCAAGAGUCAGGCACCCCCGGAACACCCAAACCAGGCCAGAUGAAUGAAAGGGACACAGCGGAGCAGAUAGAAAGUCCAAGGGCAGCUGGCGCAACAGGAAGCAGGAGAAAGUGGUUGCCUGCAUUUGGUCUUAGAAAUAAGCAAGGAUAG